AUGUACGAAGCACAGGACCGCUGGGAAAUUGUCGUCAUAAACCCAGGCCUCGUCGUCGGUCCCUCUAUUUCUCCUGAAUCCGCUUCAGGCUCCCUGUACAUGCUCGAGGCCAUGUAUCGGGGCGAAAACAAAAUGGGCGUCGCCGAUCUACACUACCCGGUAGCGGACGCGCGUGACGUUGCUGAGGCACAUGUUAUUGUGGGAGAAGAUAUAGCUACAAAAGGCAGAUUCAUCAUCGCUAGCGACCGUAGUUUGAGCUUGCUGGAAAUGGCAAAUGCCGUUCGUCCUGCUCACAAGACACCAAAUGUUCUGCCUACGCGAGAUUUGCCCAAGCUGAUGGUCUAUGCUGCGGGACCGUUUAUGGGACUGUCCAUGAAGUGGGUUUCGAGGAAUAUUGGGAUAGGAUUCAAAGUUGAUAACCGCAGGAGCGUUUCCGAGCUGAAGAUAAAGUAUCGUCCUUUGGAAGACACGAUGGCGGACCAUUACGAUGAAUGGUUGCGCAACUCAAGUAGCCAUUAG